CCUUCUCUUACGCCGGCCAUAUUGACGGUCUCAGUUUCUCUGUGCUCGCCUUUCAGCGGAUUUUACAGGCUACGCCUGGUCCUCUAUUUAUUGUCGUAGAAUAGUGUGCAAAACGGGACGCCCGCUAGUCGCGGAACCUAAACAACCUUUCCAGAUAUCUUGUGUGGUGUGUUUCGACCUCGAAGCUUCAGAAAUUUAUCGUUCGUUUCAGAAGACGCAGUUCUUCUUCAAGGGCCUGCACCGGCGGACGCAAGCCGUCCUGAGACGGAGGGCAAAUCCCCUCACCCCAGCCCCCACUUUUUUUUCCCCUUUCUUUCUCUUUUCUUUUUAUUUAUCUCCCCUGGACAAGUCAGAAGGGAGGAGGCCAGGAUGCCAAAACCAAUCAAUGUACGGGUGACCACGAUGGAUGCGGAGCUGGAGUUUGCCAUCCAGCCCAAUACCACAGGCAAACAGCUUUUUGACCAGGUGGUGAAGACGGUGGGUCUACGUGAGGUCUGGUUUUUUGGCCUGCAGUACACAGACAGCAAAGGCUACAGCACGUGGCUGAAGCUCAAUAAGAAGGUGACUCAGCAAGAUGUAAAGAAGGAAAACCCUCUGCAGUUCAAAUUCAGAGCAAAGUUCUUCCCAGAGGAUGUUUCUGAAGAGCUAAUCCAGGACAUAACACAGCGCCUUUUCUUCCUUCAGGUGAAGGAGGCCAUUUUGAACGAUGAGAAUUACUGCCCUCCGGAAACAGCGGUGCUGCUGGCGUCUUACUCUGUCCAGGCCAAAUAUGCCGACUACAACAAAGAAAUCCACAAGCCUGGCUACCUGGCCAAUGACAGGCUGCUGCCACAGAGAGUUCUAGAGCAGCACAAAUUGACUAAAGAGCAGUGGGAAGAGAGGAUCCAGACCUGGCACGAGGAGCACAGAGGCAUGCUCAGAGAGGACUCCAUGAUGGAGUACCUAAAGAUAGCUCAGGACCUGGAGAUGUACGGCGUGAACUACUUUGAGAUCAAGAACAAAAAGGGCACAGAGCUGUGGCUAGGAGUGGAUGCACUGGGCCUCAACAUCUACGAGCACGAGGACAAACUCACACCAAAGAUUGGCUUCCCUUGGAGCGAGAUCCGUAACAUUUCUUUCAACGACAAGAAAUUUGUCAUCAAGCCCAUCGAUAAGAAGGCACCAGACUUCGUGUUCUACGCGCCACGGCUGCGGAUUAACAAGCGCAUCCUGGCGCUGUGCAUGGGCAACCACGAGCUGUACAUGAGAAGGAGGAAGCCCGACACCAUCGAGGUGCAGCAGAUGAAGGCCCAAGCCAGGGAGGAGAAACACCAAAAACAGAUGGAGAGGGCCCAACUCGAAAACGAGAAGAAGAAGCGAGAGCUGGCAGAGAAGGAGAAGGAUCGGAUAGAGCGGGAAAAGGACGAACUGAUCGAGCGUCUUCGACAGAUAGAAGAACAGACGAUACGUGCACAGAAAGAGCUGGAGGAGCAGACACGUCGGGCGCUGGAGCUGGACCAGGAGAGGAAGAGGGCGAAGGAGGAGGCCGAGAGGCUGGAGCAAGAGAAGCGGUCUGCUGAGGAGGCAAAAGCAACCCUAGCCAAGCAGGCGGCCGACCAGAUGAAGAACCAAGAACAGCUGGCUGCUGAACUAGGAGAGUUCACCGCCAAAAUCGCCCUUCUGGAGGAGGCCAAGAGGAAAAAGGAAGAGGAGGCCACGGAGUGGCAGCACAAAGCUCUGUCGGCCCAGGAUGACCUGGAGAAGACCAAGGAGGAGCUGAAGACGGUGAUGGCGACAGCUGUACCGGCGGCCAGCUCGGCAGAGAAUGAUCAUGAUGAGCAGGAUGAGAGCAGCGCGGAGGCCAGUGCUGAGCUGUCCAAUGAGGGCGUGGCACUGCAGCGCAGUGAGGAGGAGCGCCUCACUGAGACCCAGAAGAAUGAGCGCGUCAAGAAGCAGCUGCAGGCGCUGAGCUCAGAGCUGGCCGAAGCCCGGGACGAAACCAAGAAGACCCAAAACGAUCUGCUGCAUGCAGAGAACGUCAGGGCUGGCCGAGACAAGUACAAGACCCUCCGACAGAUCCGCCAGGGCAACACGAAGCAGCGCAUCGACGAGUUUGAGUCCAUGUGAAGACACGGACCUGCCCAAACCCCGCCUACAUUUGCUGCCCCACUCUCAAAGCUAUAGCCCUGAUGCCUUGGUGGCUGGCUUACAAGCACAGGAUUUUUCUGGGGUUUUUGUUUUUUAAUAAUAAAAACCGCCUAGUCCCCAAGCCUAUGAUUGCUGACCCAUCCCCUUAGAGUCUAGUGGGACAUUACUGCCUCCCAGCUCAACACACACACACGCACCCAUGCUUUGCCAAAGCUCUUUUAAGCUUCUCUCAUGCCCUACCUGAAUCAUAACAUUCGGAGAAAGCAAUGCAUCAUAUCUUUAUGGAGAAUACUAAUGGAAAUUUAAUUUUAGUAAAUGAAACAAAAAAAAAAACUAAAAGGGUAUGAAUCAGAAAGGAGUGCUUUUUUAUGAAAAUGGCUAGAGUUUUUUUUUUUUUUUUUUCCCCCUUUGUCAAAGCUUAUAUAAUUGUAUGCUUUAUUUACAAAAUGUCUAUUUACAAAAAGCUCAAAGAAUUUCUUUUUAAAAUCUACUUUCUUUCACUUUCCUGCAUCCAUUUUAUUAACACCCUGCUUUUAAUUUGCCCUUGAUUCCGUGGCUUAGCAGGUCCAGACUUGGAGGGCAUUCUUUUUUGAGACUGCCUCUCCCACUCUUCCCAGUGAGGACAAGGAACCCCUCUCUGUGGCAAUGUCCCUAACACCUGAGCACCAACACAGAGCCCCUAUAUCAAGACAACUGCCAGAAAAUAUUGAAGGUUCGUCUGUGGUUGAGCGAUUGUGAACAGUAGCAUAACCAAAACUAAGGAUCACCAAAGGGAAGCUAUUAUCUGCAUUAGCUACAUGGAAACGAUUCAAACUAAGUACUGUCGACUCAAACUGGAGAAAGGUUACGGAGAAGUCAUUAACCCAUACUUGCAUUGAUAAAUUGUUGGCAGUGUUGAAUACUACUACAUAAUGAGACAAAAUGAGUUAAGCUGAGUUUUUAGAGACCCUCUGAUAUGUGAUGUGUACUGAGUUGGGACAGGCUGUCUGAUUGAACUCGAAAGGCAUUAGACAAGUUUUUUUUGUAGGAUGCUUGCCCUCAGACAUCCAGUGUUUCUUGUGCAGUCUCCAUAUCGAUGGUUUUCCCUGCCUACCAGCUCACAAAGGCCUAGGGAUGUCGGACAGGCAGACAGACAACCCGCCUGGCUGUUUUGUGUAAGAGAGUGAGUGUUACACGUGUGCAGGUCUGUCUGCCUAUCUGUGUGGCUGAAUUAGUGUGCUCUUUUGAGAUGGAUGCUUAAAACACCACCUAUGGCCUUUCUGACUGGGGAGCAUAUGAAAACAUCCUUCCUGGCCUCAGGAUGCCUCUCUACCUCAUUACUGUAAACAAUGGCGACUGCCGCAUUAAACACUUGACGUGUGCUCCCAUCCCUGAAGACCUGACCGGCCUGGGCUUGCUGUCUGAUUGAUUGGCAUGGCCACUUUUGUCGGUACCAAGUUGAGCUGCUGCCUUCAACCCAGAGGCUCUGUGUGUGCAAGCAUAGAUGUGCAUGCGCGCACGUGCGUGCGUGUUCGCAAAAGUAGUUUGAGUCCUCAGUCUGAAGCGACAGCGCAGUAUUAUGUCUAGGGCCGAUCAGUUAGUUGUCGCUGCUGUCGUCCCUUUGUAACCUGAUGCGACACAUCUAAAAAAUAUAUAUACAUACAUAUACCAUACCAAAGCAGUUCUGUUGGUGUGUAAGUAAGAGAAUUUGAAUGUACACACAAGAGAAUCUGUUUGUUGGAGAACCUUGCGUGUUAAGAGAGUUUGAACUUUAGUUUCUUUAUAUAUAGUAAAUUUUAAAAAAAAUUAUUGGAGAAACUGUUACCCUCUUACCUUUGUUGGUAGGAGCACAGGAGUGAGUUUAGAGCAUUUCUUAAAACUAUAGCACAUUCAGGUGUAGCAGACUCUUAUUCCUACUCUGAAAAUAUGUUAGGCUAUUUAUAUUUCACUGUUUUGCUAAAAAAUAAAAAAUAAUAAAGAAAUAUAAAAAUUUAAAAAAAAGCCAGUAUUUUGUGUGCCGAUCCCAGUGCUGCAACAAAAGAGAUGGUACUUUGAGGAAGACUUGAUUUCUGGAAGGAAAGCUUUGGGAUGGGAAAACCUUUGUCGUGCUUUCCAUGCAGAAGAUGCUUUCUCUUCAUGUUUCUUUCUAAUUUAGUCCCAUAAAUAUUAAGCAGUGAACAAAAAAAGAUUGGAAGGUAGAUAAACGUAGGUCUGCAUCACUGGCUACUGCAACACAUUGAGUGUAUGUAUUCAUAAAGGUACUUUUCUUUAAUCUCCUUUAUGUCCAUAAAACAUUUCUAAUGUAUCUUAUCCCAUCUGGUUCAAGAAGGCCAGUUUUCUGUUUAUUCCCCCUCCUCUAACACUCCCCUACAAAACCCACCUGAUUAAAAGUGCACUGUACAAGCAUUUUGGGGGGGGACCCUAGAUUUUUGUUUUGGAUUUUGCUGUGACUUUAUUAAUGUUUAUGCAAGCAAGGGCCAUUGGUGGAACGUAAAGCAGGAGUGUUAAAGGUCACCAGCACUUGUUUUGGUGGUUAGGAUGCUAAGGAGCUAUUCACAAGCCCUUUUUUGUUUUGUUACACAGGUGUCCAGGAACAUGGGAUAUAUUGCCAUAGCAAGAGAAAUACUGUGCUUCCAAAAGGUGUGGAUUGUGGGGGGGUUUUUGUUUUGUUUUUAUGCUUUAUGAAUUUGAAAUACCAUUAGCAUGCUUACCUUCACUAUAUGUGAGAGGAAUUGCUACCUUAAUGCCACAAUGGUAUAAAAAUUUUAAAAAUUGUUCAUUUUAAGUUAAUUGUGUUCUGGUUCAUGAGGUUUUUGUUUUUUUGUAGCAGAGGUUAUUUGUUAUGUUUUGAUGCGUGGAUAUUGGCCUGCUGCCAUGGGAGUGAUGAGUGCCCUCCAGUGCAAAGCAAUGGCUGCUUCUGGAACCAGCUGGUUAUUUAGUUUUUGCCCCCCCCCCCCCCAAUUCUUUUUUGUUUAUAUAGCUUUGUUACAUACAAAUAACACAGUGGAGCUUUGUCUAUAACUACACGUUGGUUCAAAAUAAAAUAAAAUAUGUGUAUCUUGCUUUUGCUUUAACCACACUCGAUUGGUCCUAGAUCACAAAACGAUCGCAAUAUUUGUUUGAAUGCUGUGUGUGCGAAGUACGUACGCACGUAUACUGGAAUGAUGAUAGAAUGAUAGUUGAUAGAAUGAAUGACUAUCUAAAUGUUGCACAAUUAAGGAAGAAAGGUAUUGGCCUUAGUUUUAACUGAGCAAACUAUUACAGGAACUAAUCAUUUUUAGUAUUGUGCAUUAUCCCUAGUCAAGGUCUCCCCAGGAGGCUUAAAGUUUAAGACAACUCUCAUUAAAUGGAAGUAGUAUCGGAAUAGAUGAGACUAUACAGUAUUCAGUUAUGAGUGAUUAGCUACAGUAAAUUAUGAUCAACUUGUCUUUAAUUUAAAUCACUAUCACCAACUGAAUCACAAUAUCAUGUUUCAAAAUGUAAAAUGUGUUGUCCUUGUAGAUUUUUAAUAAAAACACAUUUGAAAAUUCCA